AUGACCCAGGCUGCUGAGACGUUUGAACGGGAAAAGAAACUGCAACGGCAGGUGGAGGGCGAACAGGAGAAGGCAUUUGAUGCCGAGGCGCGCCACCGUGCCCGACAUGGUAUCACAGAACAAGACUUGCCCGAAAACCUACGACCAUUGGAUACCACAGAAGCCCUGGACGUUCACGAAGCCAUACUGUGCGCGGGCUCGAGCAACCUGGGCAGAAUAUUCGACGAUCAUGCUGGCGCCAACGCUCUUCCCCGCAUGACAAGGGAGCUUGAAGGGCUCCUCCUGGCUGGACUAUCGUCUAUGCAUCCGAUCAUUGACCAUGAGGCAAACUUUACCAACAUCGUCUCACAGUUGACUCCGCUCUCCACCCACAUCAGAAGUCUGGUGACCUAUAGAGGAGACGGGCUGUUACCCUCGACAAUUCGAGUUGAGGAGUGCCAUUACAAUGAUGAGGAUCCUGACGGCAAGCUUCUGGUAGCGCAGGGCAUCUUGCAUGCCCGGAGCCUGUCCAACAUUUGCGACGAUCGCAAUUCCAAAGCCAUGAUGGACUCUGGGGUGCAUCGAGCUGGUGUUAUCACUGCAUUUGACCUUCGCACUGUCAAGAUGCUCGACAACGAUCCACCUGCAUUUUUUGGGAACAAGUCGAAAUUGGUCUGGCGGUUCUCGACUCUGACGCGUGAGUUCUCUACGACACAUCGCCAAGGGCAAAAUGCCAAUGUCUUGGAAUCUGAUCGGCAGAUCCUUGGUAUCGAGCACAUUGAGACUCUUCUUAGGAACACCAACACUGGAGGGUUACACUACUACUACGAUUAUUUCAAGAUCGACCCUUCCAUUCCGUUCCCCAUCGGCCGCUCAUCCUUUGUCGAAUGGCUAGCUUUCAAAAGCCCUACCAUGAUUCGUGUCUUACAGCUUUUGGACAAGCAUGUCCGUGAAGAUGGGAAUCGUGUUCUCCUGAUAGUGGAUACACUCUGGAUACAAAGGUAA